AACCAACUUGACCUUGAGGUCCGCCUGAGGACUCUGCUUCAUGGGAAAGCGCAUCUUUACUGGUUAAUUAGUAUCGCCGAUUUUUGGCAGGAACAACAACCCUGAAAGUGUUGACACCGUGCGAAUGUUAAAUUCCAGCCAGCGCGGUCACACAUUGCAGCCGGCUGCAUUAUCGCUAAAAUUAUCAAUUUCUUUGUCAAAGUAUUACUAUUUUUUAUUUGGUAAAUUGAGUAACAGUGUCAAUCCUAAUCGAACCUUACCAUUGCCGCCACUCAAUUCAUCAAGGACUUUGAUAUUUCUCGCAAUAAUUCAGCAGACCGCAAUGCGGUACGGUAAUGUGGUAAUGCUCACUAUAACUCAUGAGAAAUGUCAAAUUUCGUAUAAAUAUCUUCGCCCAAAAAUACCUAUUAAGCAAACUCUCAACUAUGCGUUAAGUACUUUAUUUACAUACCUAUAUUCGCAUGCUGGAUCGAUUCCAGCUAAGGUGCCUACGCCAGAUACUGAGGAUCUGAUGGACUGAUCGUGCUCGGAACACCAAGUGCUGUGUAGAGCGAAUGUGGGUGGUAGUGGUAUCGAAGUAUAUAUCUCAUGCGACAUCAGCUUCGGUGGUGCAGUCACGUUUCGCGGAUGAACAAUCAGCGUAUGGCUAAGCAGAUCUUUUAUUCAAAACUUGAAGAGGGCAAGCGGAAACAGGGCGGCCAAUUCCUCAGAUACAAAUAUUUGCUUAAGCGGUACAUGAAAUUUUAUACUUUAUAUAGCGAUAAAUGCUAAGAUAACAGAAUUUGAAUCCCAGCGGCGCUUGGAGCUGGAUGCCAAGCGUGAUGAAAUAAAAGCCAGGUCACCUGCGGCGAUACAAUAUACAUAAUUAAUUAUAUGAAUGGUGUGCUCACUUGCCCGCCAUGUUCACAAACUUUUACAAACAAGAUCGGCUACGUCAGCCACUUGCGAGCAUACCAGCGACAACAACGGAGUUGAUAGCAGUCGCCGUGGCCGUAUUGGCCGUGGAGUUAUUAUUUAUUAUUAUUACUUACAUACCUAUUUACAAUGAACGUGUCGAUCCAGUUCACACUCUUUUCGUUUAUGUACAUUUGAUACCAAGCACAGAUUCCCUGGACUACCCAUUACAAGUUACUCAAAUUGAGAUACGCUUGCCUACCUAAUUUAUUUUUUGCACGUACACUUAAUACAAAAGUUGUAGGUGCCGACAGGAGGUAAUAUACGAACCAUUCUGCCCGUCAGGAGCGCCCGAGCGACCGCGAGGUCAAUUUGUCUCAGGACCGGGGAACGUGCUAAUAAAAUGCACCAACUUUUUUUCCUCUCAUAAAAUAUGUAGUGUAAAAGGUUACCUAGUACAAAGGUGAAGUGUACACAGCUAGCGACACUUCGUGAAUAAAAAUACUGCUACUGGAGAAUAAGUAGCGAAGUUUUCUUUUCUUUUAUGUAUGCGAACAGUGGUUGAACGAGUUUAAAUUUUAUGUCGGUUAUUUUCUAUGAAUUUUUUAAACAGUUUUCUCUCUGAUAUCAAAAAUAUACAUAAAUAAAUAUUAACCUUUACGACGCCGUGUCAAACACAACAGCUGUCACUCGGAGGCCAUGUCACUAAAGUGUCAAAAUAUUUAAAACUGAAAUUGAACUUUAUGCAUAUGCACGUAGGCCUAUGUUGGAAUGUUACGUAUUAAUCCGUCAUUGGCGUUGGACCUGCGGUUCGAAUAUAUUCGUCAUUGGCGUCGAAAAAGUUAAAUAAAUUAACAAAAUCUUUACGCAGAUCGUAAAUAAUUUCAAAGCUGUCCAUUUUUUAUAUAUAAUUAUAUAAAUAAUUACAUGAUUAUAUUUUUUAUAAUAGAUAUCCACGACACUUACAAAACAAAAAUCGUGCUAAAAGCAAGCAUAAUGAAACAGCUGUUGCUAAAGUAAAGUUAAUACAUACAUGUGCCUAUAGACAUUCUUAAUAAGAUUAUCAAAUAAAACUGAUAGACGUAAGUAUAGAAAAGUGAUUCUUAGAAUUAUUAUUUAAUAAAUAUACGACAAAAUUAUGUGAUUUCAUAGUAACAAAAUUUAGAAACAAAAACAUUAUUCCUGUUUUCGAAGAUCACAUUUUGGAGUGUCUUAGCGAUCUAAUAAAUAACAAGCUUGUUCACCUAAAAGUGUUUUUAGUGAAUGGUGAAAAACUCUGUAAUUAAAAUACAAUGAAAUCGUGACUUGCCUGUGAAAGAAGAUACCUAGCGGCAAAAUGUUGCCCGUGCCUCAAGACCGUAUGUCGGGGCGCCGGAGCAGCUCCAUCGUGAGCCGCACACUGCUCGGCCGCCGCGCGUCCGUCUACGCCACCGGCAACCAUCAAGACCCUGCCAAGCUAAUAACGGAGAUCAACGUGCAGCUGGCGCUGUUCCGGGACCUGCUAAUCCACUUCGGGCAGCCGCCGGACUGCCCGGAGCUGCGCGAGCGCGUUCGCCGCCUGCGCCGCGCCUGCGUCGAGGCCACCAAGCAGACCAGUCAGCUCGUGCUGCCCAACUGCAAGAAGUCUACGAGCGAGGGAUGCGCAGAGCAGCCCCAGCUGGUGUUGCUGUACUUCAUGGCGCAGCUGCUGCUUCGGGAACUCGCCAAGUGUCACCGGCUCGUGCAGCUCGUGCCCAUGGACAUGACAUCCUACUACGAAAACCGCGCCGGCCCGUCCAAUUUUGGGAACGUGAUCAGUCAGAUACUACUGUGCAAGCAGAUCACGCCAGACUUCAACCAGGAGGAACUCUGCAGCAUCGCCAAAGACACCCAAGAGAUCACCAGGAUAGUCACCGACAUCCAGGAGUAUUUGCCUCAGCAUGAAAAUCUCAACCACUUAGAGACCAACGUCGCGUUGAAAGGAGAAGAAAUGAACGGACUGUGGCGGAACAAACGAAGAGGCUCACUGUACAAAAGCAUGGGGGUGCUCUGUUGCGUGUCGCGACCGAACUAUCUCUGAGGGUAACGCGUCUUGCCCCCGAGGCGGCUCGACUAACCGACUUCAAUGUAGCUCAAACCCAUACAACAAGUGCAAGGUGCCUACCAGUCACAAUAACUCAAAGUGUUCAGAAGCAAUGUGAGUGUGUACGGAGUUCCGUAUGCCCAGGGAAACGUUACGAGUGCGUGUGAUGUGUACAGAUUAGACAAUGAAGGGGUCCAUUAUUAUUGUCUAAUUAAUAGACGAGAUAGCAUAGAGGAACAUGAGGUGGAUUAAACUUCUCAUAAAUUAUGUAAAUCACAAUUCAUAGAUAGAUAUCAUCGCGCACGGUAGAUCAAUUAUAAAUAUGAACGUUUCUGUAUCGUGUAGUCUAAGUUAAGUAAAUAAUAUAUAACAGAUAGACGGAUUUAAUUAAUUAAUAUCGUGAAUUGCCUGGAAUGGGAUCAACUGUUGCGUUUAAGUAGAAUAGAUUUAAAAUAUUCAAUGCUUUUUGCACAAAACCUAUCUUUUACCUGCUAAAUGUCUCAUCAUCAUAGAUAAUUAAGAUAGAAAACUAUCGCCCCAGUACGGUACUCAUAUUAAGACUUAAUUCCAUCGGUUUCAUCACUUUUUGAAGCCAGUCACUACAGUAACAGUAGUAGAAUUGAUAUGAAAUAUGUAUACCACAGGAGAUGGCGUCAAUGUCGUUUACCUUGUCGUGUUAUGCCCCGCAUGUUGUGUCGCUGGUUUAAGAUAAUGUCCGCCAUAAAUUAUUACUGCUUCAUUAUCUUGUCUUCCAAUAAGCUAGUUUUACUUUUAAAAUAUCAAGUUAGAUUAAUAUAAAACUUUCUCGCAAUCUCAUUCACAAGUCUCAUUACAUUAAUUACUUUUUCUUUCACAGAAAGUUUAUAAAAAAUGAGCUCUUCUUGAUUUUUGUGCAUUAGGCAAACUUACUUAUCAAGUGUUACCUCCGGGCCUACUGUCUGGGGUUUUCUAAAGAAAUAAAAAUGGCCUAGUCACAAUUGUAGAUGACACCUUAAAGCAUUCUAGUCAAUUAUAUAUAUUUUUACCAUAUUAUAAUACAAUUAUAUUAUAUAUUGUUAAUAAUAAUGCCACCUAAGAGUAUGCAUCUUAGUUAAUUAUAAAAAGUAUUUCUGUAAUUAUGUACCUAAGUAUUAGAAUUUUAUUGAUAAUAAUUCUGUUAGGAAGAAAAUUUAAGAUUAUACCUAUAUUAGAUACACAUACUCGUGUGUAUUGCAACAAUACGCAAUACUUAUAUGCAAUUUGAUUAUAUUUGUUUAUUUAUUAAAUUGUUGUUAUUUAGACUUCUCUACAUUUUACUAAGUAUAACCAUAAGUAAAUACCUAAGAGAUACACUGAUAUCAAAGAUAUUGUGAGCAUAAUAUUAGCUUUAAUAUCGUUUGCGCAUGUAUACUUGAGACGUAUCUAAAGUAAAUAGAGGUCACAGGGUGCGUAGCCAACGUGCCAAUCGUUAAGUCUCCGUAGCGAACGAUAUGUACCUGUCACUGUCGCACUAAUACGGAAGACUGAUAGAGAGAGAUGACUGCGCUAUGAUACGGAGCGUUAACGAUUGGCAUGUUGGCUAAACACCCAGGUAUAUUAUAAACUGUAGAUAUCAGAGUAGCAUUUUGUGCACUAUUUACGCUUAUCCGUUAGAGCAGUUUCAUAUUAUCCGAUAUCAGGACUUUACACUGAUAUAACGGCAAGAAUCUAUAAAAAAAUUCGAGUGCGAUCGAUAUCCCCAUUGCUUCACUCCCAUAAGGGCAUGACACAGUGUCCGAUUCGCAUGUUGGAGUGACGCCGCUAUAAUACGCCUACGCGCAUAGCAUUAUCUCGCUCAAACUUCGGAGUGACAUGCGAUUCGUACGCAGCAUGCCAUGCCCCCAAAGGCAGGGACAUUUCGUGCGUUCAACUUGCCGCAGUAUCAGUGUGAACUGACGUGGAUCGUGUGACGUAAAAUCGCCUUUAUGCCACCUUUCAAGUAGAUUUGCAAAAACUAUUAAAAUUAAUGCCAUCGUAAAAGAACACUCUUAGUUUUUGGCAGAGUAUGUUUUACUAAGUCAAUAGAACUGAGUAUCGUUUAAAAUUAUCGAUCGACCAGACAGCCUGUGUGCCCAAAAUGCCAAUCGUUAACGCCCCGUAGCGAAUGAAACGCAACUGUCACUGUCGCUCGAAUAUAGAAAAAUGAUAGAGAGAGAUGACUACGCUACGCUACGGAGCGUUAACGAUUGGCAUGUUGGCCACACGGGCAGGGAACCCAGACCUCAGGCUUUAAAUGCAAAAAAAUACUUUUCAACUAUUUGGUUCUUCCUAUUUUUCAAAGAAAACUUUUAUAAAAUAUAUUUUUUAUUCAUUUAUUCAUAUAAAAUAAUUACACAGUUACAUAAUACAAUAAAUGCGCCAAACUAGAGUAACCAGUUUGUUGGCGCGCCGCGCUCAAAUCUCACGUAAUAGUAAGGAUCGCUUAAUAUUAAAUAAUGAUUAUAUUUGUUAUGUUUGUUAUUAUAUUUGUUUUGUGAGUCCAAUAUGAGAAAUAAAGAGACGACGUCCAUUGCACUUCGCACCUUUUUUUUGCACGUCGUUCGUUACUUCUGUUCUACUCAUUUCCUCGAAGGUUAACUUAAAUAGAUCCCAUACAGGGAUAAGUUCGCCUUUGUUGUAUUUGAUUUACUCUGUAACUGUGUUUCUCGUGUUCUUAUUUCUAUGUACAAUAAAGUAUAUACAUACAUACACUACUGGAUACUCUACUUUUAUGUUUAUUUAAUAUGACAUUAACAUCCCUAUCUAGAAAUUAUGUGUAUUCUAAAUGUUGUGCAUCAAAACUUAUCUCAUUAGAGAAGGAUUGUUCAUGCAUUUAAAGCCCAGGCCAGACUGCCAAUGUCCGUGAUUUCCUGUAUUAAUUAGCUAUGUUCUAAGUCUAAUUUCAUCGUGAAACUAACCCGUCUGUACGUAUCAUUUCAUCUGUGUGUUAGUUGUAUAGUACCGAAUCUCAUUUUCUGUAAGACACAUUCUACUGUAUGCAUUUACUAAAAUGAUGACUGUGAUAUACUCAUAACAUAAAAUUAUAAAAGAAAACAUGCAUUAAAUUAUGAUUCAAACA